AAAUCCACUGGCUAGCCAAGUCCAAAACAAAUCCUAGGAGAUGGAUUAAGCUAGAGGAUCGAGAUAGGAUUCCAAACGAUUUUUAUAGUGCUAAAAAGAUGAUGAGGUGCUUCAGUCUAGGUUAUAAGAAGUAUGAUGUUUUUGUAAAUAAUUGCUUCUUGUAUUAUGGUGAAUAUGAAGGCAAAAACUACAUCACAUGUCCAGUAUGUGGUGAACGUUGUUUUAAGGAGGCACAUGUGCAGCAAAAUCAAUAUAUACCAAGGAAGUCAUUGUGGUACCUCCCAAUUACACAUAGACUGAAAAGGUUGUACAUGUGUAGAAAAACUGCUGAGCACAUGACAUGGCACCUUACUUGUGGUGGUGAAUCUGAAAAGAUUGUGCAUCCUGCUAGUGCUGAGGCAUGGAAACACUUUGAUUGCACCUACCUUGACUUUGCAUCCGAUCCAAGGAAUGUAAGGCUUGGAUUGUGCACAGAUGGGUUCACUCCAUUUGGACAUACAGCAGCCCCGUAAUAAUGUUGGCUUAUAUUUUUGAUUGUUUACAACCUACCACCUCCAUCAAUGUGUAUGAAACCAGAAUCCAUCUUUCUUUCUCUAAUAAUACAAGGGCCUCAAAGUCUAAGAAAAAAUAUUGAUGUCA